CUGGCGCAUCCAGAACCAAGAGUUUUCCAGAGGGCAGCAGAGGAGUAAAUGACUGUUUGUGUAACUUUCUUCUAAAUGUUGUGUCGGGACUGUUUUCUGUCUGUGGCUCUGCGGGUCUGUGGCUCCUCUCCGGCCGCUCGGUACUAAAUGCUGCGGCGCUGCUGCCUGGUCCUCACCGUGGUUUUGGAGCAGGUGUUUGUCUCACGGUAACCGUUUGUCUCUCGGUGCAUCAGUGACUCUUUGGGCGGGUUUUUAAGUCAACAUGUCGGGACAGAAGCCGUCCUUGAGGAGCGGCGGCCGCUUCCAGGUGGAUGUGGUGUCAGAAUCCGCUGCGCCAUCCCCGGCCCCGGCCUCUGCUCCUGCCCCCGCCGAUGGAUCCAAGCCGCCCGAUGAGUCCAAAGGUCGGUUCCGGGUGGUGGGGUUCACGGAUUCGGACAUCGGCCCCCCGCCUGAUGUCUUCCACGAGCCGGACACGGCGAAGAGCGACUCGGUCAGCCUCCACUCAACGGGCACGGGACAGACGCACAUCUCCGACUCCCACUCCAACACCUACUACAUGAGGACCUUCGGACACAACACCAUAGACGCCGUGCCCAACAUCGAGUUCUACCGGCAGACUGCUGCGCCUUUCGGGGAGAAGCUGACCAGACCCUCGCUGUCGGAGCUGCACGAUGAGCUCGACAAAGAGCCGUUUGAGGACGGUCUGGCCAAUGGAGAGGAGCCUUCAGCAGCUGAGGAGGCGGCGGCGUUGGCAGCGAAGGAGGCGAAAGGAGGAACUGUCAAGUUUGGUUGGGUGAAGGGAGUCCUGAUCCGCUGCAUGCUGAACAUCUGGGGUGUGAUGCUCUUCAUCAGAAUGUCCUGGAUUGUGGGGCAGGCUGGGAUCGGACUCACCAUCGCGAUCAUUCUGAUGGCCACUCUGGUCACCACCAUCACCGGUCUGUCUACCUCCGCCAUAGCGACCAAUGGCUUCGUACGAGGAGGUGGGGCGUACUACCUGAUCUCCAGGAGUCUGGGCCCGGAGUUCGGAGGCUCCAUCGGCCUGAUCUUCGCCUUCGCCAACGCCGUGGCUGUGGCCAUGUACGUCGUGGGCUUCGCCGAGACGGUCGUCGAGAUGCUCAACGAUGUUGACGCCCUGAUGACCGACGAACUAAAUGACAUCCGCAUCGUCGGGACUCUGACCGUCAUCCUGCUGCUGGGAAUCUCUGUGGCGGGGAUGGAGUGGGAAGCCAAGGCUCAGAUCGUCCUCCUGGUCAUCCUGCUGGCAGCCAUCGCUAACUACUUCAUAGGAACCUUCAUGCCAUCAGAAAGCAAAGAGCCCAAAGGAUUCUUCGGCUACCACACGGCCAUCUUCUUAGAGAACCUGGGUCCUGACUUCAGGGAGGAGGAGACGUUCUUCUCCGUGUUCGCCAUCUUCUUCCCAGCAGCCACUGGGAUCCUGGCUGGAGCCAACAUCUCUGGAGACCUCACUGACCCUCAGUCAGCGAUCCCUAAAGGAACCCUGUUGGCCAUCGUCAUCACAGGAAUCACCUACGUGGGAGUCGCCAUCUCUACAGGAGCCUGCAUCGUGAGGGACGCAACUGGAGACCACAACGACACGGUGAGCGACACGGUGAACUGCACGGACGCCGCGUGCACGCUGGGCUACGACUUCUCCAUCUGCAAGGAGGGGGGCUGCCAGUUCGGCCUGAUGAACGACUUCCAGGUGAUGAGUCUGGUGUCGGGCUUCGGUCCUCUGAUCACUGCGGGGAUUUUCUCAGCCACUCUGUCCUCGGCUCUGGCCUCGUUGGUCAGUGCGCCCAAAGUCUUCCAGGCUCUGUGUAAAGACAACAUCUAUCCAGGGCUGGGUGUCUUUGCAAAGGGUUAUGGGAAGAACAACGAGCCUCUCCGUGGUUAUGUCCUGACCUUCUGCAUUGGCCUGGCGUUCAUCCUCAUUGCCGAGUUGAACAUCAUCGCUCCCAUCAUCUCCAACUUCUUCCUGGCCUCCUACGCCCUCAUCAACUUCUCCGUCUUCCACGCGUCUCUGGCCAACUCUCCAGGGUGGCGCCCCAGCUUCAAAUACUACAACAUGUGGGUGUCUCUUGCGGGGGCGAUCCUGUGCUGCGUGGUGAUGUUCGUCAUCAACUGGUGGGCGGCGCUGGUCACUCUGCUCAUCGUCCUGGCUCUCUACAUCUACGUCAGCUACAAGAAACCUGAUGUGAACUGGGGUUCGUCCACUCAGGCUCUGAUCUACAACCAGGCUCUGACUCACUGUCUGAACCUCACCGGGGUCGAGGACCACGUUAAAAACUUCAGGCCGCAGUGUUUGGUGCUGACUGGUUAUCCCAACUCUCGUCCCGCGCUGCUUCAACUGGUUCAUUCUUUCACCAAGAACGUCGGCCUCAUGGUCUGCGGUCACGUCAAGACCGUGUCCCGCCGGCCGAACUUUAAGGAGUUGUUCCAGGACCACGCCCGCUCUCAGCGCUGGCUCAAUGAAAAACGCAUCAAGGCCUUUUACACUCCGGUGUUCUCCGACAACCUGAGACACGGGACGCAGUUCCUCCUGCAGUCAGUUGGUUUGGGUCGUCUGAAGCCCAAUACGCUGGUCAUGGGUUUCAAGAACAACUGGAGCGACGGAGACAUGAGAGACGUGGAGCUUUACAUCAACACUAUACACGAUGCCUUCGACCUGCAGUUUGGAGUGGUGAUCCUCCGACUGCAGGAAGGACUGGACAUCUCUCACAUCCAUGGACAAGACGAGCUGCUGUCGUCCCACGAGAAGCCACCGGUCGGCAGCAAGGACGUGGUGAUUUCUGUCAGUCUGGCCAAAGACUCGGACUCGGACUCCUGUCCUUCAAAAACCACCAGCAGUCAGAGCAGCCCGCUCAUCAUGAGAGAGACCAAGUCUCCUCUGAGCCUGACUGACCAGCGUCUGCUGGAGUCCAGCCAGCAGUUCAAGAAGAAACAGGGCAAAGGAACCAUAGACGUCUGGUGGCUGUUUGAUGACGGAGGUCUGACUCUGCUGAUCCCCUACCUGCUGACCAACAGGAGUAAAUGGGGCGACUGCAGGAUCCGCGUCUUCAUCGGCGGAAAGAUCAACCGCAUCGACCACGACCGCCGAGUGAUGGCCACGCUGCUCAGCAGGUUCAGGAUCGACUUCUCUGACAUCAACGUCCUCGGAGACAUCAACACCAAACCCAAGAAACACAAUAAGCUGAGUUUUAAGGAGCUGAUCGAGCCGUACAGGCUGAAGGAAGACGACAUGGAGCAGGAGGCGGCGGAGAGGCUGAAGGCCCAGGAGCCGUGGAGGAUCACCGACAACGAGCUGGAGCUCUACAAGGCCAAGACCAACCGUCAGAUCAGGCUGAACGAGCUGCUGAAGGAACACUCCAGCAACGCCAAACUCAUCGUCAUGAGCAUGCCUCUGGCCAGGAAGGGCACCGUGUCGAGCGCUCUCUACAUGUGCUGGAUGGAAACUCUGUCCAAAGACCUCCCACCUCUGCUGCUGGUCCGAGGAAACCACCAGAGUGUCCUCACCUUUUACUCCUAACACACACACACACACACACACACACACACACACACACACACACACACACACACACACACACACACACACGGAUAUUAGUGUCAUGCUUAAAGUUUAGUGUCACAGAUUGACAGAUGUGAAACUCUCCUGCUGUGAAAAGAAAAAGUGUUGAAGUCUAAUUCUGUUUCCAUUCAGAUUAAUUGGAGUAAAUGUGUCGCUCCUCAUUCACAGAUUAAUCAAUCAACAUUUAGACGUCUGUUUCUUUUCUCCUCAGCAGUAACAGGCUGUAUGUUCUGUGUGUUUUACUACAGUAAAUAUUAACUUAUUAUGUCCGAGUUUAUUUAUCAUGGUAAAAAUCAUGAUUCCAGAGUGUGUGUUGUUUUUCAGGUGACGUGGUGAUGAAGGAGUUAUUUGUUUUCACUGGGUUUCAAGAA